GAUUUUAUGGUAUAAAUAGAAAGAUGAGCACUUUGAGGCGUGUACUUUAUUAAUUGUUGUGUUUUUGCGUGCUCAUCUUCAGCCGAGAUGAUUUCCUCUUUCUCGUUCCUGAUUUUUUAUUUGCUCAUUUUAUCGUCGAAAUCCGAAGAUGUUCGUUUGGAUAUAUUACCACCAGAAGAAGCCAAGCAAAUAAUCGAUUCCAAAGAUCAAACUUUGAAAUACGCACCAAAAAUUGAUUCGAACGUCCCAGCUGUUAGAGUGUUAGGAAAAACUCCAACGAACGUUUUAGAAGACAUUUACUUGGCCAAUCAAUAUCACGGUCAAGAUGGACUUGGAAGUUAUUUAUAUGGUUAUUCAGUACCUGAUAUCGCUAAAACUGAGAAAAAACAAGCUGGAGGUGAUCUAAAAGGUUCCUAUCAAUACAUCGUCGAUGAUGGAAAAGAAAUUAAAGUCGAGUAUUGGGACGAUGGUACAGGAUUUCAUCAAGUUGAUAAUACCGCGGAGAUAGCACCCAAACAAGUUGAUGAUUCACCAGAUGUUAAAGCAGCUAAAGAAGAAUUUUUUAAAAGAUGGCACGAAGAGGCACAAAGAAAUAGUCAAGGAUCUAACCCACCUCCAAAUAUACCAGGGUCAGCACACCCAGGUCAAAAUUAUCCCCAUGGCGCUCAGGGUUCAGGAUUUAGCUCGAAUUUAGCUGGGCAACAACAACCGGGACAAGGAGGGGGUCAAUAUCAACAACCUAAUUUGCAAUCUGCCACUGGACCUGCUCAAGUUUUAAAUCAACGUCCAAAUUAUGGCCAACAAUCGCCGAAUGAUAAUACUGGUGAUGGAGGUAAUUGGAAGUAUGAACCAACACCGGAAGAACAAGGACCUCCACAUGGUUUCUUUUAUAACGUUGAUUACCCUGUUGGAAUUAUUGUUAAUAAACAAGGACAACAAAAAAGGGAAACACUUCAGGAUAUUUAUGUAAAAAAUAAAGAAAAUUUUGAAAGGUCCGUUUUUGAAGGAAUGGGAAAUGCUAGCGGAUAUCAAGCUCAUGGAUAAUUUAAUUUUUUUUUUAUUAAACAAAUAUUCUUAAUUUAUAAAUUAACCGAAUUAAACAUACUAAAUAAA